UUUCCAGGACAUCCUGUACGCAUGGUGGCGAAACCAAUCCAAAAUCACACUCUUUGGAAACCAAACACAUAGUAAAGUGGCUUGGCUUGACUUUCUGCUCGCUGUUGAUUUUCUAUUUCCUUUUUUUACACGUGUAUGUGUGUGUAUGGUGUGCGUGGAUCUGCGCGCGCGCGCGCACGCGCGCGCGUGUAUGAUGGGUGUAUGCGGGUGUUUUGAUAGCCUGUGCUCGAAAGGUCGCCCGACUUUAUUCGACGUUGUGUGCGUGUGUCGCCGUCGUAUCCUACCCGGCAUAUUAUCUUGCGGUGCAUUACGCACGGACGCGCGUUAUUCCGCGCGUUAAAUGCGGACUUUCUCACAUAAAACAGUGCCGGGCACUCACGAUCGCGAUUAUGGCGCAAGUACGCUACACCCGUAACCUGUUUCUGCGCGGGAUCUGCAUCAUAUACCUGUUCGCAUUCCUCAGUUUCUACGUACAGAUCCCAGGAUUGUAUGGCGAUAAUGGGAUCCUCCCAGCCAGAACAGAGUUGGAUCUCAAGGCACGUGGACCAUUACUUAAUAAGUUGAAGCAAAAACCAUCGUUUCUAUGGUUUGCGCCAUAUCUGGGCUUAAAUGUUGAAUAUAUGCUGGAUGUUCUAUCUCUUAUUGGAAUUAUUCUCUCCUUUGCUGGGUUUAUCUCGCAGAGAUUCUGCAUUGCACCAAUAUUUGCAGGACUAUGGUCUCUGUAUUAUUCUUUAUACCAGAUCGGUCAAACAUUUAUGUUCUUUCAAUGGGAUGUUCUAUUAUUGGAAGUUGGAUUUCUAUGUAUAAUAGUUGCACCAUUUUGGUAUCCUUAUCGUGGAAAAUCGAGCACCCCAAGUGAUGUUGUAACAUUCUGGACCGUGCGUUGGUUGUUGUUUCGCCUUAUGUUUGCAAGUGGAGUAGUGAAACUUACCUCAGGUUGCCCAGUUUGGUGGAAGCUAGAUGGUAAAAUGAUCCUUACUGAAUUUAAUGUACCAUAUUCCACUUUGCAUCAAUCGCAUAAUUCGACGAUACCUAUUCAACUGAGACAGAUACACGCAAAGGUGGAUCACCUUCAUCUAGUGAACAGUUACGGAUUAUUCCGUCGUAUGACAGGAAUCGACGGUAGACCAGAAGUUAUAAUAGAAGGCAGCGACAGUAUCGAAGGACCAUGGAAGGAAUAUGAAUUUUUAUAUAAACCAGGAAAUGUUAACAAUUCAUUACCGUUCGUUGCGCCUCAUCAACCUCGUCUCGAUUGGCAAAUGUGGUUUGCUGCUUUAGGUACUUAUAAUCAAAACCCAUGGUUAAUGUCUCUAGCUUAUCGUUUAUUGAGCGGGCAGCCCGAGGUAUUGGCGCUAUUAAAUACUGUCGAAAAACCAUUCCCAGACAGGCCGCCAAAAUAUAUUAAAGCUAGUCUUUACCACUAUCAUUACACGCCAUGGAGCCAAAUAUCGAAAACUCAUGCUUGGUGGACUAGAGAAAGGAUAGGAGAGUAUUUUCCAAUAUUCAGCCAAGCUCAUCCUCCACUUAUCGAAUACUUGACAAAAAUGAAAAUUCUCCAAGAGAAGCCGGGCUUCAAGAUUACAAAUGAGCCAUUCAAAUUAAUUUUGGACAAUCUCAGAUCAUUGGUUCGUAAGAUUGAAUCAAGUCUACUCUUAUGGAGCGUUUUUACAGCUGGUUGCGUAGUAAUCAUAACGGGUUACAACAGUUCGGUGUCAAAAAAAAAAUAGCCACUGAGCGAUGACCAUUAUAAAAA